AUGAUGCCUGCCACUCCUAAGUGGCCAGCCUGUGCGUUCUCCCGCGACGAUGCGGAGAGGUUUUGCGAGAUGCUGGCCGCAGCGCACGGUCCAGCCUAUGUGGACGACACAUUGAACGAUGUUUUGCAGAAACUUUUUCAGCGGGCCUUGAAGGAUUAUGAAAUGGAUGGGGACACAAGCAACGGUGGCUUGCAGUCAUCUCUCUGGCAGAUUCGGGAUUGUCAGAGUUUGGAAAUGCUGCCAUCGCUUUGUCAAAAUAUCCAUGAUAUGAAGAUCGCGAAGGAGAGUGAAGUCAAUAAAAGCAAUCCGACAAAGGCAGUCGAGAUUAGUGGAAAACAAAAGGCAGGAAAUUACUAUCUCUCUACCACUGUCAAUGGUCGUGGUUGCAAUUGUGCCGUCAAGUUUGGAGGUGAAAAAUGGAAGGAAACCCAGGACAGCAGUGUGCGUCCUUGCGAAGCGACCAUGCAAGGAUUGGCAAUGCAGAGAUGGGUCGUGGAUAAGUUGCUCAAGAAGGAGUCCUGGUACAAGGAAAACAAGAGUUUCAACAUCUUCAUGAACCGGUACUCUUAUGCCACCGACCAUGCCAUUUCAAUGCACACCGAUGCGUCCAAAUAUUAUGAUGAGAUUGAUCCGAUCACAUCGCUUUCAAUGGUCCUGGGAUCAUUUCUUUUGAUCCAAGCGAAGCAGGCUAAAAAACGAGGCAACAAGCCGAGGUGGUGUUUGGUUGUUUACCAGCCGCCUGGCUCCAUGCUGAUCAUGGCUGGGAAGUUUCAAUCGCAGUUCGAGCAUGCAGUGCCUGCUUGGUUGGACAUGAAGGAGAUUGCCCAUGCGGAACAAAAUGCUGAGUUUCAAUUGAAACGCGGUGGGCAGCAAGAGACUCUCAGACUCCUGUUUGUUGGGCAGGCGAAACAACAGAUGAGGGAUGAAAUUGAGAGACUGGAGAGUCUCAAUUUGAACGAGACUCACAGGUGGAAUGUGACGGUGAGGCAAGCAAGAUAUAACGGCAUUGGGGAGCAGAUCGCAAGUUUGCUUGAAAUUGAUGCUUCUCUCAAGGAAAUGGUUGAGAAGAACAAAAUGUAUCCUCAGCAGAGUUUAAGCGUGCAGCGGAAGAUCGUGGAGAAGUUGCGCAAAUUGAGGAGACAGGCUUUGCUUUUGGACUUGCUUUGGUUGUCGACAGAGGGACCUAGUUUUGUCGCUGCGAUCGACCAAGUGGCUGUCGAAGUUCCAGGCAAAGAUCCAAAGCAUUUGACAGUGGUUCAGAUGUCUUUUCGUAUGUUCAAGUUACUCCUGGAUGAGCACCCCAUUGAUGAAGACUGCCUCCAAGAACAUGGUCUCGUGUGCUUGGACUUUUCUGGUCUGCGUGACGAUGUUUUGAGCCAAAGCGCGAAAGAUAAAAAAUGGGAUUGGAUGACUUUGCAGGGAAAAUAUUGCAUCGAGUCAUUCACAGCCUAUGUGUUUGAUGAUUCUGCACCGUCGGAUAGCAUCAGUAUCAGGACCAAACUGACUUUUCUGCAACAGCCUUUGGGUGCUGUGGUCCGGAUGGCUGAGUCAGGGCCAGAAGAGUCCAUGACAAGUGCUAUGCGGUUGGAGAAGUGGUUCGAUCUUUAUUUGGAUCAGAUCUGGACACAUGAAAGCUCCCAACGGGCUAUGUCACCAGACGGUCGGUUGAUUUUGUGGAUGAUACCUCUGCAAACGAGACUCACCUACCUCGGCUCUAAAAGAGCGAAAACAACAUGA